CUUAACCCACAACAAGAGUAUAAGCUUGUUAGUUAUAUAAAUAAGCUUACAGAGCAAGGGCUACCACCUACAAGGCAAAUAGUGCAAAACUUUGCGUCAGAAAUGCCCCAACAGUACGUUAGAGAUAGCUGGGUUACUAGGUUCCUGCACCGUCACCCCAAUGAGCUCCUAUACAAAUAG